AGUAACGGACAAUCCCAGUUUAUUAUGGGAAAUAGGUUCUCCACUGCGUAAAGUGCGACUGACCACAUUCACGUAGCAGGUUAGUCAAUUUUUUGCAGCGCGGGUACUCGCUAUGCAAAUGGCGUAGGGACCGCAUUCAUGACAGUAAAUGAUAACGUAAAACUACGUAACACAACAUUUGCAAUAGGUGGCCAUGGUGGCCACGCAAGUAUUGCGAGUCAUUCAAUCAAACAUAAGAAAAAUCGUUUUGAGGAAUAAAUACACAGCGAAUAUAUACAUCCGUUUCCCUGCAUUUGGCGGUGGUCCAACGCUGCAAGUUUGCAAGACCGGUGUGUGUUGCUGUAUGAGGUGUGCGUGAGUGAGGGUGUGUGUGUUGCUGUGUGUGUGUGAAGUCCAGACAUGGUAAAGCUGGAGCUAGAUCAGGUGGUAAUGAGGAGGAUGAGGGAAGAUGACAUCGAGACUGUCAAAGCUAUCAUCAAGGAGGGUUGUCAGGGAACAGAAAACCGUCUGAUCCUCCACAUCCUGACUCGUCCUGUCUGCCUCCUACUCCUGGCCACUGUCUCUUCUGUCCUCCGCUGCUUCCUUCACUCCUUCAUCCUGGCCCUCAUCAUCCCUGUCUUCCUGCUCAUCAUCUACCUCAAGUUCACCAUGCCACGCUCCACCGGAGUGCUGGGCACCAGCCGGCCCUACUGGGACUAUGUGGGGAGCAGUUACCGAGGGGCGCAGGACGAGACCCUUCCCAACCCCUAUAGCAGGAUCAGUGGGAAACCCCCACCGGCUAAAGGCAAGGCCAGACGGAGGACCAAACCCAAGGCAGAGGACAAGGACAAAGACUCGUCUCCUGAGAUCGUAGACGUGGAGAGGGAGAAGGCAGCAGGGCAGGUGUGGGUGGCGGACUGUGAGGGGGAGAUCGUGGGCUGUGUGUCCAGGGAGGGUGACUGUCGUCUGGGAAUGAGGAGGUUCUGCAGGGUGGUGGUGGGCUGCUGGUACCGCCGGGAGGGCCUCGGCAGACUGCUGGUCCAGAGUCUGGAGCAGAGGGAGAGGCAGACAGGGGCCAGGAGGGUCUACGCCCACGUCCCCUACCCCUCUGCAGUAGGAGAGGCCUUCUUCAGGAAGCUGGGCUACAGGCUGCAGGGGGAGGUGGGCUACGAUGGGGAGGAAGAAGAGGAGGAUGAAGAGCAGCCGGAGAGGACAUUUCUGGGCUUCCAUGUCACCAAGGUGUUUGUCAAAGACCUUAAGUGAUGUAGGAGACAACGAAGGGAAUGUGGAAAAUAAGACAAAGAUGAUAUACUAAAGGGAAAUAGAGAGAGGAGGAGAGAUACUAUAGGGAAAUAGAGAGAGGAGGAGAGAUACUAUGGGGAAAUAGAGAGAGGAGGAGGAGAGAUAUUAAAGGGAAAUAGAGAGAGGAGAGAUACUAUAGGGAAAUAGAGAGAGGAGAAGGAGGAGAUACUAUAGGGAAAUAGAGAGAGGAGGAGGAGGAGAGAUACUAUAGGGAAAUAGAGAGAGGAGGAGGAGAGAUACUAUAGGGAAGUAGAGAGAGGAGGAGGAGAGAUACUAUAGGGAAGUAGAGAGAGGAGGAGGAGAGAUAUUAAAGGGAAAUAGAGAGAGGAGGAGAGAUACUAUAGGGAAAUAGAGAGAGGAGAAGGAGGAGAUACUAUAGGGAAAUAGAGAGAGGAGGAGAGAUACUAUAGGGAAAUAGAGAGAGGAGGAGGAGAGAUACUAUAGGGAAGUAGAGAGAGGAGGAGGAGAGAUACUAUAGGGAAAUGGAGAGAGGAGGAGGAGAGAUACUAUAGGGAAGUAGAGAGAGGAGGAGGAGAGAUACUAUAGGGAAAUAGAGAGAGGAGGAGAGAUACUAUAGGGAAAUAGAGAGAGGAGGAGAGAUACUAUAGGGAAGUAGAGAGAGGAGGAGAGAUACUAUAGGGAAGUAGAGAGAGGAGGAGGAGGAGAGAUACUAUAGGGAAAUAGAGAGAGGAGGAGGAGAGAUACUAUAGGGAAAUAGAGAGAGGAGGAGAGAUACUAUAGGGAGGUAGAGAGAGGAGGAGAGAUACUAUAGGGAAAUAGAGAGAGGAGGAGAGAUACUAUAGGGAAGUAGAGAGAGGAGGAGAGAUACUAUAGGGAAGUAAAGAGAGGAGGAGGAGGAGAGAUACUAUAGGGAAAUAGAGAGAGGAGGAGGAGAGAUACUAUAGGGAAAUAGAGAGAGGAGGAGAGAUACUAUAGGGAAGUAGAGAGAGGAGGAGAGAUACUAUAGGGAAGUAGAGAGAGGAGGAGGAGAGAUACUAUAGGGAAGUAGAGAGAGGAGGAGGAGGAGAGAUACUAUAGGGAAGUAGAGAGAGGAGGAGGAGAGAUACUAUAAGGAAGUAGAGAGAGGAGGAGGAGAGAUACUAUAGGGAAAUAGAGAGAGGAGGAGAGAUACUAUAGGGAAAUAGAGAGAGGAGGAGAGAUACUAUAGGGAAGUAGAGAGAGGAGGAGAGAUACUAUAGGGAAGUAGAGAGAGGAGGAGAGAUACUAUAGGGAAGUAGAGAGAGGAGGAGGAGAGAUACUAUAGGGAAAUGGAGAGAGGAGGAGGAGAGAUACUAUAGGGAAAUGGAGAGAGGAGGAGGAGAGAUACUAUAGGGAAAUGGAGAGAGGAGGAGGAGAGAUACUAUAGGGAAAUAGAGAGAGGAGGAGAGAUACUAUAGGGAAAUAGAGAGAGGAGGAGAGAUACUAUAGGGAAGUAGAGAGAGGAGGAGAGAUACUAUAGGGAAGUAGAGAGAGGAGGAGAGAUACUAUAGGGAAGUAGAGAGAGGAGGAGAGAUACUAUAGGGAAGUAGAGAGAGGAGGAGGAGAGAUACUAUAGGGAAAUAGAGAGAGGAGGAGAGAUACUAUAGGGAAGUAGAGAGAGGAGGAGAGAUACUAUAGGGAAGUAGAGAGAGGAGGAGAGAUACUAUAGGGAAGUAGAGAGAGGAGGAGGAGAGAUACUAUAGGGAAAUGGAGAGAGGAGGAGGAGAGAUACUAUAGGGAAAUGGAGAGAGGAGGAGGAGAGAUACUAUAGGGAAGUAGAGAGAGGAGGAGGAGAGAUACAGUGAAAAGAGGGGGACUACGUCUCUUAUCAAGGCAAUAAUGAGGGUAGAGUCUUAACUAAAAUGUUGGAAGACAAUGGACAAUUUAGUGAACAGAACCUCAUUUAAAUGAUGUUUUUUCCUCCUGAUUUGUAGUAUGUAUUUAUGUAUGUAUUGCUUUUACAAUUGUCAUUGAGUUCUUAUUCAAUGUAAAAUAUAUAUGUUUAUAUGUCUGGCUGGCUCUUUAUUUGUAAAAACUUGUUUUUAUUAAUAAGUGAUUUUGCAAAUAAAUGUGUGCGUACGCGGGGCAUUGUG